AUGUGGUCCGAGGUGGAUUAUCACCCUGGCAAGGGAAUCCCGACCUGCCUAACCUGCCUGGUCAACCAGAGCUGUUACUCCGCCCUCUCAGGUAACCAAGGAAACAGGGUUUCCACACCUUCCAUAGCCCUGACCCAGACUAGAUCUCUAUACCUGCACACACGCGCCUUUUCCUGCGCUUUGAUUCCCUCUCUGCUGGGAGGGCGGGCACAACCUGGUCGCCGGAGUGACGCGCUGAGAAUCUCAGCCAAUGAGAGGAAGAAGGCGGGACCAGUGCAGAGGGGCGGGCCCUGUGCAGCUUCUCCCAGUGACUCUGCUUCUAAAAGCACCAAGUCUCUUGUUUCUAAUGAAUUUGAGCGUAUCAACAUGUUCUGGGGCCUGUUUUUAAAUGUCUGUUUUAUUUCUCAUUGCAAGUUUGCUUCUAGCCAUAUAAAGGAGGGCCUGAUCAUGGAGCAGGACCCAGAGAGCCGAGACUCUAUCAAGAACUUUACCACUGACUAUAAGAUCAUAAGAACCCUGGGAAGGGGACGAUUUUCAGUCGUAAAAAUGGCCUACCACGUCCCAACCCUCACCUGUGUAGCUAUAAAAGUUCUCAAGAACACCAAGAAGUGCUCCUCAGUGAUGAGCAGGGAAGUUGACAUUCUAAAGUCCCUGGGCCAUCCUCAUAUCAUCAAGGUGGUCGAAGUGGUCCAGACAAGAGAGGCCACCCACCUGGUCAUGGAGCAUGCCUCUCAGGGAGACCUACUGGACCGAAUCCGGGAAUGUGGAUAUUUAAAAUCGUGGGAGGCCCGAAGAAUGUUUAGACAGAUAUUAGAGGCAGUACAAUUCUGCCAUGACAAUAAUAUUGUCCACCGAGACAUAAAGGCCAACAACAUUUUGAUAGACGGAAGGUGGAAUGCCAAGCUCUGUGAUUUUGGCCUAGCUGCUAAAACACUUCCUGGGCAGAAGCUGAUUGAUUUCUGUGGCACGCUGCCAUACUGUGCGCCAGAAUUCUUUGAAGCUGAGGAAUAUGAGGGCCGCCCAUUUGACGUAUGGAGUGUAGGUGUCCUCCUCUUCUUCAUGGUGACUGGGCACUUGCCUUUCCUAGGCAAGUCAUUUGCAGAGGUGAGGAGACAAAUCAGUUCAGCCAAUUUCAGCAUUCCGCCUCACGUUGCCAACGAUAUUUUCAAUGUUAUAGUGGAAAUGCUGAUGAUAAAUCCCAGCAGGAGGCCCAGCAUCCAGCAAAUUAUGAUGCGCCCCAUGAUCAAAGACAGCCAGGCCUACUCACCACCGACAUCCAUACAGACGUUCACAGGAACACCAAGCCCUAGCACCAUCAAAGCCAUGAGAGUCAUGAGGCAUACACCUGAGAAAAGCACUGAGUCUCUGAUAGACCCAAAUAUCAACGAGGUGCUGGCAACAUACUUGAUUCAACAGCACAAGCCACUCAGGAAAGUCUGCACACACCACCAAGUGGAGCCAGAGAACAUGGUCUUCAUCAUGAAGUAG